AUGUCUCAUAAAAAUUAUCCAUUUUGCGAUCCGACGAUUGAAAUCGAUUCGGCAUUCGUUGACCAGACGUCCGAUUCGGGCAAAGAUGUCAUCACUUUGUUCUCGAAGACAACGGUCUAUGAGGUGAGCGCCGACUCCGGCCAUCACAAUGAGGUUGCUUUCAAAUACAAGGCAUCACAACAUUUGGUACAGUGGGCUGACAAGACUGUUGUCGCCCCCAUAACCAGCGUUUAUUAUUUGGACCCUGCUAAAAAGGUCAUUAAAUUAGAAAAUAGAGAAAAGCAGAUGACGUGGUUGUUAUGGUCACACAAUAAGACAGUAUUUAAUCACACAAAACAAACCUACGAUUUAAAACUACACAACUUUGAGGGCUUCACGCAAUACACGUACGACAUAAAGUACCCGAAUGUCCAGAUCACAAAGAUCACGUACAAUAUUACCGACAAUAAUAACGCUCAGAAUGCCCAACUUGAUGGAAACACUCUAAUCAACUUGGUUAAUAAAACAGCAACAGACAUAUUUAACAAAACUGGUCUAGCUAAUACAACUGUAGUCGACAUUUUUGACCGCACUGUCACCGGCCUGUUUAACGGCUUGGUAAAACGAGCGGUAAAUGAACCUGCUACCGACACAACCAUCAAGCCGACAACUUCCCAGACUGAGCUAAACACCCAGAGCACUAACAGCACAGCUAAUGAAUCUAGCUUACCCUCUGCUGGGUUUGUGUUGGGUCAGAGCAUUUAUUUAUUUUCCCGCAACACUGUUUGCAAUAUAAACAUCGGGUCGGCUAUUGGCGAGUGUGUGAACCGGCAGUCCAUAGGCCUGUGGGUCGGGUGCGUAGAAGACUACACAAUGCAGUACAUAGUGUUUGGUAUAGUCGUCGGCUCUAUUUUGGUGGGCAUUGCGUUUGUUAUAUACGGAAAGUGUCGCAAACCAAAGCCUAAGCCCCACAACAACAACACGGGUCCCGACGGCAUAAAUCCGGUCAAUAAGCCGUUGAACGCCUACACCGACUGA